CUCAGCAUGCAAAUUCAAAUGGAACAGAGCAAUUAAUCAGACAGACCUCUUGACCCUAUUUCACCCAGAAAACUUGGCCUCAUGUGCCCAGAUCUCAGAUUGAUUAAAGAAAAUAAACCAGAGCCAAAAGGACACCCCAAAGCAGGAGCCAGGGAGCAGAAAGAUCCCAGGGUGAACCCACUCGGUUUGCAAGAAUGGAAGGAAAAAGAGGGCACUGGCCCAGCCCAUAUUACCGCUGCCAACCCACCAGGGUCCACAGACGUGGACAAUGCCCUAUGAUGUCACGUGAGUCACAACUGGACAUUGCCAUGCCGACGGCUCCUGGCAAGGCUUGUUCCUUCUGGGUUCCUGGACAUCCCCAAGUUUUAUGCUCUAAAGGUGCCAAGGGCACAGGAGGUCUCUGAGCUACCAGGAUGGGAGAGGGCCACAGCAACACCCUCAAAGGGGUGAGCACUGACUCCCUUAAGCUGGAGCUGCUGGAGGAGAUCCACAUGAAGGAUGUAGUGCAACUCUCAGUGCUUGAAAUAAGGCACAAAAUAGCAGAACUGGAAGCCAACCUCAGCACUAACCACGAAGGUGGUGAAUGGAAAACCCGUUAUGAGACCCAGCUGGAACUGAAUGAUCAAUUGCAAAAGCAAAUUGUAUCUCUUAAAGAUAAAAUGGAGAAAAUGCGUGGAAAUCCUUCAGAUAGACUAUCAUCCAUUCGCAUCUAUGAAAGAAUGCCAGUGGAAUCCUUGAACACAUUACUUAAGCAACUAGAAAAAGAAAAAAGGAGUCUUGAAAAUCAAGUAAAAGACUAUGCACUUAAACUAGAACAAGAGUCAAAGGCAUACCACAGAACAAACCAUGAACGCCGUACGUGCAUAGCUGAAAUAUCUCAGUUUUCUGGCUCAAAUCAAGUUUCUAAGAGGCAACAGAUGGAUCAACUGCCUAGAAUGAAAGAGAAUCUACUGAAAACUGGAAGAUAUAAUCCAGUUAAUCAGAAGAUAAUGAAUGCUAAGAAAGGACCAGUAAAAAAGAUUUCAAGAUCAAACCACCUUCCAAAACUCAAUCCGUGAUUCCAGAGCUGGGUGGAUUUCUGUGUAUCCCAUCUUUUUCCUCAUCCACAAUCUUCAGUUUAUGAAGUUGAUGCUCAGCACAUUUCUCGGGAAUUGAAAUAGAUAAGAAGAGCUGCCAAACUUCUUUAGUUCUUCUUUGAAAAGUUGAUGUCUCUGUCUGCAUAAAAGUCAUAUAUCUCCAGUGACUCUAAAUAUCCAAUAGAAAUGCUUGUAGUUUUAAAAAUAUCUUAGGAAACCUGGAGGUUGUCAUCAUUACACUCAUUUUCAACAGUAUAUUUAUGAUCUGCUCUGAUAGUAACAUUACUAUUAUAUUGGGUUUCUAAGUUGGCCAUUAGCUAUAAUUUUAUAAAACCUUCGUUAUUUUAGUUAUAUCAUGCUUGGCUCAGCUACUUAAACUCAAGGUUUCAACAUAGUUGCAAGUCAAAUGCAUACUAAAUUUUGACUGAAAUACCCUGAAUAACUUUCAGCCAUGAGUUAAGUUGUCUGUAGUGUCCCUUUACCCCCUGCUACCAUUAACCUAGAUGAUCUUGGGCAAAACAUUUCACUUUGUUUUCAUUUCCCACACCUAUAAAAUGACCUCAGUAAAUGAUAUGAUAGCUAAGGUUUCUUACCAUUCUAGAAGGCCAAUGCUUAUUCACACAAAAGGUCCUGCCACUAAGCAUUUGCUGUGAAUGUCAUAUUAUGAUAUUUAUUAACUCAUAAUAAUGAUGGGUCUAAUUCUUUGUAUCAAACUUUGCAAGUGUUCAGCAUACUGAAGUCUAAAAGUAGAGAUUCAGUGAGGAUGGUUAAAAAAUUUUAGGCACUAUAAGCUCUAUUGACUUUGACUAUGUUUAGACUGUUUUGUUCAUUUAGAUGGUUUUUGUAACUGUGACCUA